AUGGUUCGGGAAGGCAAACGUCAAUUAGAUUCUAUGAAAAAAGAAUUAUUAUUGCACAUGAAAAAUCAUAUCGUUGCAACAAUGAGCGCAAGAAGAGAGAUCUACGAUGCACUGAAAGAGUUAUUUGAUACCAACAGUGCAGAUUUUUACAAUCUUUCCUCAACUGUGAAGCAUGUGAGGAUAAUUCGGUUACUAAUAAAAUGCUUGGAGAAAUAUAAACCUCAUCAACAUUUGCAAGAUGCCUUCUUCGUAUGGAAUUCACGUUUAGCUCCUGCAGUGCUCGCAAUUGCUGACCCGGCAGAACAGCGGAAAUACAGCAGGCAUGCAAAACUACUUGCUGCGUGUUUGCUUGAUUCUGAUGAGGCUUGUUUUUACACAAAAGCCAUUAUUUGCUUGGGACAUGUCGUGAGGUUAAAUGAAGGCGACUGCCAUUCACGAUUAUUGCUCACGUACUGGCUAUGCCUUCUAGGAUAUUGGUCAUUAGCUAAAACGCAGGUGCUUUGUGAAGAAGAAGUGAAACGGAUGUACUCUAUUCACAAAGAAAUCAUUAAUGAAGUUAUUAAUGAUAUCAUUCAUCUACAUACGGGAAAAACAGUGGGUCACUACUACGGCGAUGCAUUGUCAGAGCAAGACCAUAUCCUUAAAACUAUGCAGUCUUUCGAAUCUCUUCUCGCGAAAUCGAAAGCAAAGACUUUCCAACAAUAUGAAGCACAGAUUCUUGUUAAACGGAUUUUGAUAGCUGCUAACCAUUUUCCAUACGCUGAUUUAACAUUGAUUGGUGAUCCAUUACAAAAUAUGGAUUUCGUAAAAGCACGUUACGAAACGUUAGUGAAAUGUCGAAGUAGCGUAUAUUAUGGUAGCGAUAUGAAAGAAGAAGAUGCCGGUUGCGCUGCAUUUGCUGGCGGUGAAUUUCAAGAAACAAAAUUGAUGAGUACCGUAAGUUCAAAACUUCAGCCUCAAUUUAUUAAUAUUUUCGAUGAAUAUUGGCUGAAAUGGCAUGCUUGGAAGUCACUGUUUUUUGGAACCAGAAUGAAAUUAAGCGCAGUCCUGGCAGAGCAUUUCAAAGUGGUACUGCAGCUGUGUUUUAAAUAUAUCGAGUUGGGAAUUCUUCGAGAGAGUGAAAGUGAAGGGCUGAAAUUAUUGCAUCAGGUUCUAAAAACAACGAAUUUGCAAAGGUGUUUGGCAGUGUUAAACGUUUUAUUUCUAACAUCGACACUUGCCCAUGGUAAUAGUGUGAACGUUCGCCCAGAUCCAUUUCGACCGGUUAUUGCUUCUCUAUGGAAUAGAUCGAGGAACGAAACUUCUGUUUGUGUAGACAAAGAAAUGCAGAACAAAAAGCUUAAUUUGUCUUCUAAAGAUCAAAAAAUAAUAGAUCUCACUGAAGAUGAGCCAAACAAUUUGCCGCAAGCAAAUAAAGAAAAUAUGGAGAAUAAAUUGAUAUUGGAAGAGCAUGUUGAAUAUUGCGAUUGUGUGAUAUGCACACUUUGUGACAUUAAUCCACAGAUGCACAUAGAAGCUAUUUUUUCAAAGAUGCUAUUUUAUCGAUAUUCUUCAAGAAUGUUUCGUGUGCUUUCCGAGAGGAUUCUGAAACUGCCUCAGGAAACUGCAUUAGAUGUGAUUGCAAUUUGUUCGUCGCUUCAAAAGCAAGCAACGGAUAAGGCAAUCGAAGAACGAAGAUAUCCACUGGCAGCAUUAGAUCUUUUUUUGCUUGCAGCAAUUCGAUGGCUUCGAAGAGUUGGUGAAGAAGAAAAGCCGGAGAUCAUACAGGAUGUAAUAAGAGAAUCGUUAAAAUUAUGCUCAACGGACCCCAUAUACUUUCGUUGGCAGUGGUUAACAAUACGGCAGUUGGCGCGAACGCCAUUGAAAAUUCCAAAAUUGGAAUGGAUGCAUUUGCAUGUUUCGCCGAUCAAAGCAGGAUUGCGUUCACCUCUGAAAUCUAUUGUCAUCAAUCUUGCGUCAGAGCUAAAUACUUUGACACUUUGCUCACCAAGGCCACCUUCCACUUUGCGCUUCGAGAAAUAUACCUCAAAAACAAACCACAAGACUGUUACUAACGUCACUCCUAGUUACAUAGACAUGGAAAUGGAAGAAGCUCGGAAAGAUUUCAAUUCCUUUUCUCACCUUUUCUAUAGGGAGUGGCGAUUCCAAACGUGUUCCUAUUUGGGGCAAGUUUGUGCUUUCCAAUAUAAAGCCGAUUGGAUUGAGCCAGGAUGGAGUGCCGCUUAUUAUUUUAAUGAAGCGAUGUUUAUCAGUACUCGUCAGUUGGCUCGCAUGAUUUACAAAAAGUCAGAGGAGAGUCAGAACUUUCAUUUCGAAACCAUCGAAAAGUUUAAAAAAGCCGUCCAACGUUUGCCAUCUGACUUGACAGUAGUGCAACUUUUUCUGGAUUCUAGACGAAUACUUUGGUUAAUCAAGUUAUAUAAUAGCCGAUCACCAUUGGUUGUGCCAGUUGCAUUCGUUUCACAGGAUGACGUGCUUCUGAAACGUUUCGUAACCUUGUUGGCAGACAAUGAUGCGUCAGGAAAUCUUGGUAAAACAUGCACAGAUCCGAAAGAAUAUUGGCAGAUAAGGAGAAAAUUGGACAAGAAACUGAAGGUUUUGGUUAGCGAAGUGCAGGCAGAGUGGUUUGGGAUUUUCUCUGCUCUACUUUUACCUUCCGUCAGUGUGAGUGAUGCCCGUAUCUCAGUUAUCGAUGAGUUAGUGAACUGUGGACUUUCAAGAGGCUUUGCAAGUACAUUAGUCGAGAAUUUGGAUCUGUCGACGGCAGAUUGGCGGCAACUUGUGCAACGGAUUUCAAGUUUGGAAAAUUUUGAUGAAACUUUUGCCACACAUAUUGUUGACCGUCGAAGUCAUUGGAUAUCGAAGUUCGGAAGACAGUUAUUCCUCCGCGACUUCUCAAACAGUUAUGUCUUAUUUUGCGUCUCACCGGAGCUAGCAUCAUUCCCUUUCGAACUUUUGCCGGUGAUGGAGUCGCACAAGCGCGUUUGCAGAAUAUCGUCAUUCCACUUGUUCGAGAAACUUUUAUCUCUAUCGGAAAAGAUACCAAAAACAGUUGAUGGGAAGAAUUCUUUCUAUGUGCUUGAUCCUGGAGGUGAUUUGACGGAUACACAGAAAAGACUCUCCAAAGAACUAGAAAAAUAUACUUGUUGGAAAGGAACAAUUGGAGCUGCGCCGAAGCCAGAAGAAUUGCGCAAUUCAUUAGAAACCAGUGAUAUGUUCUUUUAUAUGGGCCAUGGAAGUGGCGGUAGAUAUUUUGGAAGGUCAACAGUACUACGAAGUAAUAUUCGCGCCGUAUCACUGCUUAUGGGAUGUUCCAGCGUUCGCAUAACUUACGAGGGCGAAGGAUUCGACGGCAGGGGCGCGAUUUACGAUUAUAUUAUAGCAAAAUGUCCUUGUGUUGUUGGUUGUCUUUGGAUGGUCACCGAUGGUGAAAUUGAUAGGGUGCUGUUGGCUCUUCUGGAUUUCUGCUUCUCCGAAAUUCAAAAAUCGAGUGGUAAUAAAAUUAGGCCGAACUCAUCGUAUCGACUACUGAUAGAUGCAAUCGCAUACGCUCGUACAGCAUGCAAGCUGAAAUACAUGACUGGUGGCGCUGUUGUUGCAUAUGGAUUACCCAUUGUAACCCAUCUGUCGCAAGAUAUGUUAGCGUUGAAGCAACAAUCCGAAAUAGUGCAAUUUUUAGACAACAAUCAUUAGCACUUUGUUACCGGAAUC